UCCGCGGGGAAGGCGAGGGAGAGGAGCGGCCCCGCGGCGGCCGGCGGGGAGACGGGCCCCCGCGGAGUGACCCCCGCCUCCCCUCUGCGAUUGAAGGUUGGAUUCCCGGGAGAGGUUUCAUGCUGAAAACGUUUAUAAAGGACCACUGACGAGGGGCCCGAAAUAAUUCGAUUCCCCGAUCGGUUUCUGAGAUGAUGGGACUGGGGAACGGGCGUCGAGGGAUGAAAUCGCCGCCUCUCCUCGUAGCCGCCUUGGUGGCUUGCGUGAUCGUCUUGGGUUUCAACUACUGGAUCGCAAAUUCCCGCAGCGUGGACCUUCAGAGCCGUAUAAUGGACCUGGAAGGGCGAGUCCGCAGGGCGGCGGCGGAGAGGGGGGCUGUGGAGCUGAAAAAGAACGAAUUCCAAGGAGAGCUAGAGAAGCAGCGCGAGCAGAUCGACAAAAUCCAGUCCAGGCACAACUUUCAGAUGGAGAACGUCAACAGGCUGUACCGGGAUGAGAAGGCCAUUUUAAUGCACAAUAUCACGACCGGUGAGAGACUCAUCCAGAAUCUACAAGAGCAUUUUAAAGACCUGCAGAAGAAUUACGGCAAACUCCAGCAGGAGGUGCUUCAGUUUCAGAAGAAUCAGACUAACCUGGAGAGGAAAUUUUCCUAUGAUCUGAGCCAGUGCAUCAGCCAGAUGAAAGAGUUGAAGGAGCAGUGUGAAGAGAGAAUAGAAGAAGUGACCAAAAAAGGCGGCGACGCUCCCGGGACCAAAGGCCCCCAGGAAAAAGAACACCAAAAUAUUCAGGCAGAGCCCGGACCGCGUGAUCCCGUACUUCCGAAAGGAGAGGAAAAGAGCCCGGGAAUUCCAGCCGAAGGACCCCGGGCCUCAGUCCCCGGGCCGGAGAAGGCCCUCGGCGCCAGGAGUCCAGGAGAUGGAGAGGGGACCCGCGACGUCCUGACCGUCGGCCGGGAGGGGAAUCGGGUGGCCCCGCCGGCUCUGCCGCUGGACCCUCGGGAGCUGGGCCGCGAGCGGACCUCCUACGAAGAAGAGAAAAACGGAGGGGACCCAGUAGGCCUGGCCCCCGGGACGCCCGUCAAGGCCCCGGCGGGGCCGGCCGGCCCGGAAAUUCCUGGAGACGAGGAGCCGGAGAGGGAGCAGUUCAUCAGUGACGAAGGGCAGCAGGAUGGUGCCGGGGAAGGAUAUAAUCCACGCAAGCGGGAAGCGGACGCAGACUACAACGUGGACGGAAACAAGGCCGAAUCCGAAACGGAAAAGCAGGCGGCUCUCGCCGACCCCGAAGACGCGGGCAAAGAUCCAAACCCUGAAGAUCAGAACAGAGACAACACAGACAAUAACUUAUUUGACCUCCAUGACAAAGAAAAUCCCACCCUGUGAAUCAGACCUGAACUGACCCAUCACCAGAAAAGAUCCAUGAGAACUGGAAUGCUGGCAAUUAAGGCCAUUGACUUCUAGCUACGUAAAGGUCCCGUCCACCCUCCCCCCCGCCACCCCAAAAGAAAGAGACAGAAUCCGAUAAUCGAAGAUCCCUGUUGUGCUGAACGUCAAAUAGUAGGGAAAUGUCGGGUGCAUCCACCAUAAACCCUUUCCUGGAAUAGUGUUGGAGAGUCCUGAUUGUGUAACAUUUUUCCAGGCUUCCCUUUUAGAGCUAAAACAUGAAAGUGUAAAUAUUCCUUGAAAAGAAAGCCUCUCCCAAGGACACAGAAGUCAAGCGUCAAGUAUGAUUCUCUGUAACCGUGGGUUUUGACUCUUCUUGACUGUUGUAAGCGAAGUGUUGUCUAGAGAGGGCUUCUGGGCCGUUAGUGUGGAAAACAGUUCACUCCUGUGUAACCAUCUUUGUAUGUCUUGUCUUCACUUGAGGGUAGGUUUGUUUUUAUUUUCCCCCUCUCCCCACCUCCUGCUGCUCAAAACUAUUAGCGCGCACACCCACACAAUAUGGUACGGUUUAGAUAUUUGCUCGAUUAAAGGUCAACCACUUGAGCUCUGCUCCACUGAGGGCGAGGACGGAAGGCACCAUCUUGAAACACGGACCCCCGGCCGAUCCCUCCACGCAAGUUUAGAGGGAAGGGUUUUUGUCAGAAUUCUUGGGGGGCUCUGAACACCCUGCCCAGAAUAGAAAAUGCAGCUUUCCCUUUCCGGGGCGCCUAACUUCAGGGAAAGGUGUCGGGCGUUCUUGCCGUCCAGCCGGGCGUGGGGAGAACAGGGGAAGCCGGAGCCCUGAAAUUGUUCUUGGCUGCCUUUUUCUUGGCGUAUCCGGGCCCACCUUUGUUUGUCCGUCGGCUUCAGGGUUCAAAGACUCCUGAUUUUGAUCUGGAAGAUUUGACGGGGGAGGGAGGCGGAUCGAUGGCUGCUUUUGUUCCAUAAGUCCCAUAAAAUCGAAGUGUGUUUUAUUGAUAACGGACAGGAACAAUUUGGCUGUGGAACAAAGUGGCUACCGAGUGACUUGCUUGACUGUAAACUAAACUGGGAAAAUAGAGCUGAAAUCUGAUGCCCCGGUGCCCACGGUGCCCCUCUGCAGUAGAGGGUGAUCGCCUUAGCUCACCCAGAGUCAGAGAACUCAUUUUAUGCUGUGGACGGUGACGUCUCACUCUCCCACCACCCCGGCUACCCUUGAAACUCACUUAAGUGACUUGAAUGCAGCUGCUGAAAAGCAGAGAGCUCAACUGAGGCUGUCGUCUGUCACCUGGGGUCACGAGCGGAUGCCGCGGCCCCUCACGGUCCGGCUUCGGAACCAGAAGCGCUAGGUCUCUCACCGACGACCAAGUCAAAAAAAAAAAAAAAAGGCACAAAAGCAGGCGGGCGGGUUGGGCCGCCUGAUCCGCUGUCGGAGAGAGCGGGCGUGGACGAGGCCUGGUUCCCCCCCCACCCUCUCCCUCUAUGGAUUUUCAGGAGGAACGGGUUCGGGUUACUCCCGGGGACGGGGAACGGGGUUUCUGAACCGCCCCCAGACGAAAGCAACUUCAUCUGAACGAGGCUAGAAAUUCAUCAAGCACAGAGUCCACAGCUGGAGCGGUAGUGUGGGGUUAAAAGAGGCAAGUUUAAACCAUCGAGCCCCGUGGAAGUAAAUCCGCAACGGACCGUGGGUUGCUUGGCUGGAGACUGCCAGAUCCCAUAGAGCUUUAUAAUGACCGUGUUUUCGCGUUAGCGCUGUCCUUAUGACCUGUAGUAAGUAGCACCCGGAAAUCAAGUGUACUAGAGUAGAAUGUGGAAAAGUAAAAUGCAACUGUGAAAAAAAAACCCGUUUGAAAAUGCAGGGUCAUUAGUGGUAGAGGGAUUAGAUGCGAUCUCAUACAGAUUAAUUUAUACUUCUAACUUUAAUCAAGGGUGGGGGCGGGAGGGCGAUGUGUGUUCUGGACAAGCAUUUGGAAGGUGCGCCUUGCAUAUUUUUUGUUUGAAAUGAGGGUUGAUUAACUUUAGAAAAGAGAUUUAAUACUUUAAAAUAAAGCAAAAAUCAAUUCCA